UCAAAAACUCAAACUGACUCGCGGUGGUUGCAGCGGCUGGCGGCAGCCUCCAUCCCAUAAACAGACUAAUUACCUUCAAGCCCCUUCUCGCUCGAUGAUCCAACUCUCUUCACUCCGAGACCAAAAAAGUCUCUGAUACAAUCCUCUCGAUUCCACGAUCCCUAAACCCUUUGCUGCAGAUCUUCUGUUCUACAUAUGAUUCCGAAACAAAUCAUGUUCGCUACAUGUAAUGAAUUUGAUUAGUUCAUGCCGGUUAUUCUUACACUUCUCUUAGAUCAUCUAAUUCGAUUAUAUCAAUUCGUUGGUUCUGACCACAAUUGAUUGGUGGUCGGUGGAAUAAAUGGCGGGUGGGACACCGAAUAUGGAUCAAUUCGAAUUGUACUUCAAACGAGCAGAUUCGGAUCACGACGGUCGGAUUAGUGGCGUCGAAGCUGUUUCCUUCUUUCAAGCCUCUGGUUUACCUACGCCGAUUCUCGCCCAGAUAUGGACACAUGCUGAUCAAAACCGAACUGGUUACCUUGGACGACCAGAGUUUUACAAUGCUCUCAAACUUGUAACAGUUGCACAAAGUAAGAGGGAGCUUACUUCAGACAUAGUGAAGGCAGCAUUAUAUGGACCUGCUUCUGCUAAAAUUCCUCCACCUCAGAUCAAUCUUGCAGCCUUACCUGCACCUCAGUCAAGCUCAAAUCCAGGUCCACCUGCACUACAGAUACCUGCAAGUGUUCCACCAGCUUCUCAUAGAGUUCCACAGGGUUAUCCAUCUCACCAAAAUCAAAACAUGAGGCCACAUCCACAUGUGACACAACUUACUAACAUGAGUCAUGGACAACCAAGGGAAGACAUGGUUGCAUCCAAACCAAAUGGUCCUAUUUUUUCUACAGAAGUUAAAGAUUCUAGCCCUGUUGCAGGAAAUGGAUUUGCAACUAGCUCAACAUUUGGUGAUAAUUCUUCAGCUUCAUCUCAGGGGAACCACAAUGUUGCCCAACAACCAAAUGUUGUUCAUAAUCACAACCAGCAUUUACAGCCUAACAAUCAGCGAAUUCCUGUUAGAAGUGGAAACCUUCCUUCUACUCAACCAUGGCCAAAAAUGACACAAUCCAAUGUCCAAAAGUACACCAAGAUUUUUGUGAAAGUUGAUACAGAUAGAGAUGGAAAAAUCACAGGUGAACAGGCCCGAACUCUGUUCUUGGGUUGGGAAUUGCCAAGAGAUAUCCUAAAACAGGUAUGGGACUUAUCUGAUCAAGACAAUGACAGCAUGCUUUCAUUGAAUGAAUUUUGUAUUGCUCUCUUCCUCAUGGAGAGACACAGAGAAGGCCACUCUCUUCCUAAAACACUUCCAUCUGGCAUUCUGUUUGAGGGGACACCAAUCACACCAUUGCCUUUAGCAACUCAAGUUUGGAGAUAUGCUCCAGGUGUCAACCAACAACAGGUCACUCAUGCUGCAACAAAGCCACCUCGUCCAGUUCCAGUUCCUAUAGAUAAAGAUUUGCAGCCUAAACACCAAAAGCCUAAAGUUCCUGUAUUGGAAAAGCAUCUAGUGGAUCAACUUAGCAAUGAAGAACAAAGUUCAUUGAAUUCAAAGUUUCAAGAGGCAACUGAAGCAGAUAAAAAGGUUGGUGAACUUGAAAAAGAGAUACUUGAAGCUAGACAAAAGACCGAGUUUUACAGAAACAAGAUGCAGGAAAUUGUUUUGUACAAGAGCAGGUGUGAUAAUCGAUUAAAUGAGAUUACAGAAAGGGUAAUUUCUGAUAGGAAAGAGGUUGAAUCACUGUCAAAGAAAUAUGAAGACAAAUACAAACAGGCUGGUGAUGUAGCUUCUAAAUUGACUAUUGAGGAGGCCACUUUUCGUGACAUUCAGGAAAAAAAGAUGGAGAUUUACCGAGCAAUAGUGAAGCUAGAUCAGGGUGGAAAACCUGAUGAUAUUCAGGUUUUAGUUGAUCGCAUUCAAUCGGAUCUUGAGGAACAAAUAAAAACCCUAAAUGAACGCUGCAAGAUGUAUGGAUUGCGUGGGAAACCAUCAUUGUUGCUUGAGCUUCCCUUUGGUUGGCAAGGUGGCAUUCAAGAAGGAGCAGCUGAUUGGGAUGAAAACUGGGAUAACUUUGAUGAUGAAGGAUUUACAUUUGUGAAAGAUCUCACACUUGAUGUGCAAAAUGUUCUAGCUCCUCCAAAACAAAAGUCCUUGCCAGUUCAAAACAAGCCUGCCUUCCAAAAUGAGAGUUCAUCUUCAACCACAGGAGUCAAGGACAAGAAAUCAGACAACGAAUCAAUCGAUCAAGAUAAGGGUAAAAUUGUAAAAUCACCACCUGAUAGCCCUGGUAGCAUUAAGAUAUUCCAAGAUUUCCCACCUGAAGAUAUGUCACCUCAUGCUGUAAAGAGUGAAUCUGAGGCAGACAAGCCUACAUUUGACAGUAAUUAUGAUUCAGAAGCUGGUUGGGAUUUUACUGCUACAAACCAUAAGGAUUUGGAGGAAGAGAGUGUUGAUGGGAAUAAUAUGUUAUUUGAUUCUUCUUCUGAUAACUGGGGUCGGGGUUUAAAUCCCAUAAGAACAGAGCUCCCAAAGUUUGAUUCCAUUCCAAGCACUCCGGCAUAUAGCUAUUCCGGUUCCCCUCCUGGAAACAAUUUGUUCCAUAACCAAUCCCCAUUUUCAGCUUUUGCUGAUUCCGUUCCAAGCACACCUGCUUACAGUAACGCCGGUUCUCCUCGUCGCAAUUCCAUUUCCAAUCCCGUUUUCGCAGAUUCCGUUCCGAGUACACCCAUGUUUGAUGAUCAUUCGUUCAAUAACUUCUCUAGAUUCGAUUCCUUCAGCAGCACUACUACUCGUGACAAUGGAAUCGGAAUCGACUCAUUUUCAAGAUUCGAUUCAUUCCGUAGCACGGCACAGGAUUCCGAAGUGGAUCAGGGAUUCUUUCCUACUCAAAAGUUUACAAGAUUUGAUUCCAUGAACAGCAUUGCUGAUUCUGAUUUCGGCCAUUCGCUAUUCCAGCCUCGUGAAUCAUUCUCGAGGUUUGAUUCCAUGCGAAGCACUGCUGAUUCCAGUCAUGGAUUCCCAUCUUUUGAUGAUGCAGAUCCUUUUGGAUCAAACAACCAGUUGAAGAGUGAAACACCAAGAAGAGAUUCUGUAGAUGGUUGGAAGGCAUUUUAGUUUUUUGCACAUUGAUUCUUUGUUUCUAUGUAUAGAUAGAUAAUUACAUAUGUAAAUUAAAGUUGAUGGAUUGAAUAAUGUAGGACAUGUAUAAAAAAAUAAGCCUACCUACACUGCUAAUUCGUAGUCCCAUUUAAUGAUGUAUGAAGAUUUCUGCAUUUUAUUUUUC